UCUUCAAAAGCUCGGUGCCCUGGCGCUACCCUGCAGUUGCAAGUGGGCAGAGCCUGUCAUUCGACCUGAACAGGCAGAGCUUGGUUCCUGAACGAGCCUGAAAUCCCCCCUCCCCCCGAGCCCUCCACAAGCUUUACUCCAGGUCUACAAUUUGAAGGGAGAAAAUCCUGCUUCCUGCCUUUGAAAGAAUUAAAGAACGAAACAACGCAGAAUAAUACCCCAAGACGAAAACUACUUACUUCCCUCUGUGCUUGGCAACCUGCACUGGUUCCAGCCUAGGCAGAGCUGUGCCUGGAGGACUAAGCAGCUGUGCUGACCAUGAGCGAGCAGAGCCACGUCAACAGCCUGUUCCUCAACGAGGAUGCAGCCAAGCGGCUUCAUGCUGACAGCCGGGUGCAGCGGUUCCAGCAGGCUGUGCACAAGCGGGCAGCAAGGGCCAAGAAGCGGAUGCACAGCAUCACUGCUGAGAGCGCUAAAAGCUUCUUCAGGAGAAAUGCCUUCGUCCUCUUCACCAUUGCUGCGGUCCUACUAGGGAUUAUCCUGGCCUUCUCCCUCCGGCCCUACCAGCUGACCUAUCGCCAGAUCAAGUAUUUCUCCUUCCCUGGUGAGCUGCUGAUGCGUAUGCUCCAGAUGCUGGUUCUUCCUCUCAUUGUCUCUAGCUUGAUUACAGGAAUGGCCUCACUGGACAGCAGAGUCUCAGGGAAGAUGGGGAUGCGGGCUAUCAUCUACUACAUGGUGACCACAGUCAUAGCUGUCUUCAUUGGCAUCUUCAUGGUGAUCAUCAUACACCCAGGAAAAGGAUCUAAGGACAAACUUCACAGAGAAGGCAGAAUUGAGCAGGUGCAGACCACAGAUGCCUUCAUGGACUUGGUGAGGAAUAUGUUCCCACCCAACCUGGUAGAAGCCUGCUUCAAACAGUACAAGACUCAGUACAGCACCAGGGUCUUCACCAGAACCAUCCUCCACAGCAGCAAUGCCACAGCAGGUGUGGCAGCCACUCAGAUCCCUGUGCCUGAGAAUUUCACCAGCAUCAUGGAGAAUGUCACUCAUGCCCUGGAAACCAUCUCCGAGGUGCUGACCUUUGAAGAAGUCAUUCCCAUCCCAGGCUCAGCCAAUGGGGUGAACGCGCUGGGGCUGGUAGUGUUCUCCAUGUGCUUCGGUUUGAUGAUCGGCAGCAUGAAGCAGAAGGGACGGGCCCUGCGGGAGUUCUUUAACUGCCUCAACGAAGCCAUCAUGAGGCUGGUGGCCAUUAUCAUCUGGUAUGCUCCAAUUGGGAUCAUGUUUUUAAUUGCGGGCAAAAUCCUGGAGAUGGAUGACCUAGCAGUGAUGGGAGGCCAGCUGGGGAUGUACACGCUCACUGUCAUUGUUGGACUCCUCAUUCAUGCCCUUUGCAUCCUGCCUCUGCUCUACUUCAUUGUCACUCACCGAAACCCCUGGGUGUUUAUUGCAGGGCUCCUGCAGGCUCUCAUCACAGCUCUGGGCACCUCCUCCAGCUCAGCAACUCUGCCCAUAACCUUCAGGUGCCUGGAAGAAAACAAUGGAGUGGACAGGCGCAUCACAAGGUUUGUGCUGCCUGUGGGAGCCACAAUUAACAUGGACGGCACUGCUCUGUACGAGGCCCUUGCAGCCAUCUUCAUUGCACAAGUCAACAACUAUGAACUUGACUUUGGGCAAAUCAUCACAAUAAGCAUCACUGCCACGGCAGCCAGCAUCGGAGCCGCAGGUAUUCCUCAGGCAGGACUGGUGACAAUGGUUAUAGUGCUGACAUCAGUGGGGCUGCCUACUGAAGACAUUACACUGAUCAUCGCUGUGGACUGGUUUCUGGACCGCCUUAGAACGACUACAAACGUCCUGGGGGAUUCUCUGGGGGCUGGCAUUGUGGAGCAUCUCUCCCGGCAUGAGCUCGAUGCGCAAGACUGCGAACUUGGUAAUUCUGGGAUACAGGAGAAAGAACAGCUCUCCCACCUGGUUUGCCCACAGAAUGACACCCACAGGCACUCCAGGAGGGAGACAGCACUGUGAAAUUGGGCAGCAAAGUGCAGAUUAAUGCUGUAAAAAGUGAAACAGAAGUCCAGAGUGGAUGACAGAGAAAGAUCCAUUGUGCAAGAUGCUCACUUUUUGAUCACCUCUGCCACAUGCAGUCUUCCCUAAUCCUUGCUCUCUUACUUCUCUCUGACUGGCAUUAAAGAGGAGAAAAUUAAAGUGCAAAGAAAGCCUGGUUUAGUCAUUCUUAUGAGGCCCAAUAGUUAGACCUGAGUAAGGAAGACCUAGUGAAGGAGCUGGACUAGGAGCUCCUUUAUUUCUGAACUAGGUAGCUAGGUGAGUUGGAAACACCACCAUCUGUGGACUGGCACCAAAAUGUUGCUGUAAUUCUGUCCUGCAAAAUACAGCUGCAAAGUCUUCACUUAGUUAGUACCUUCACCCAAACAAGCUUUUAGCAUUUACCUCCUUGCUCACAAUCCUGGUGUUUGCACAGAUAUGCACUUGAUGCUUCCUGAGAACUCCACUGGCAACCUGUUUGGUUGCAGACACUAGAGUCACCCAUUUCCUGAAGGAAUGUGGGAUCAUACAGCAGGGACAGCUGGCUGCUAGCACCAAGAGGGAUCAAUGGGUUUCUCAUUAGUGGAAGAUUCUAAAGGAUUGUGAAAGAAUCAAACAGUUUAAAAAUGUAUUAUAUCCAUUAUUCAGUCUUGAAACAGCUCUCCCCUCUACCAAGCUCUGCCAAAACCCCGUUAACUUAGUUUCUCUUUAGCAAGCUCUUCUCAUCCUGCUGAAACCCGGAGGGGAAACACAAAGUUUAAGAACAAUUUGCCCAUCUGAGCAGCUGGGUGGUACAUCCAUGCCAGGAAUGACUGCCUUCCAUGCAAGAUUUGCUCAGAAAACAGUUUCAGUCCUCAUCACAGGAUUCCUAAGGAAAUUAUUCCUGUGCUCAUCUUUGCCUAUUUUCAGAAGUGACUUCCCCUCAGUCACAUUGCUCUAGAAUGUGCUUUCAAACACCUCUGUCUUUCUACAGAUCCUUAUCUUUUAUAGGCAGAGACAAAUCACUUAGCACUUGCACUGGUUUGCCAGAUCCCAGACUUAAAAAUUCAGGACACAUUUUCCGAUUCCUACCAAAUGGAAUUCAGCUUCUGUUUAACACACUUGGACAUAAGCCCAAAUUACAUCCAUUACAUCUCAGAGUCUAAAGAUAAAAGUAGGGACCUGCUUCAUCCAUGCUCUCUCCCCCUUCCCUGGCAUGGCCAGGAAUACAGCUGGUAUCUCUCACACCAGUGAAGAGGAGCACUCUAGGACUUGUUCCAUAACAUCCAGGUCCAUGAACAUCGAGAAAAAUGAAUGUCUAUAACUUAACCAGGAAGAUGUUAAGGAUCCACGGUGUUGGGGCUGCUGCAUUAUAGCUGUCCUGCUUUUAACAAUGGCUCAGAGCAGGAAUAGCAGUGAGCAGCCUUUUGACCCAUCAAGGUACUAUCUAAACUGGCUGGUUUCACUUGAGAUCUGCUCAUUAUUCCCAACCCACUAUGUCACUUACACCCCUCUACCCUGGCUUUACACAUUAAUGUUUUUCAUACUUAGCUAUAACCAUAUACUCAGAGGUGCACAUCGUGGAUGAAAGACCUCAGAGGCAUUGCUGGAGUCAAGUUUGCCAAUCACAACUGCACACCUGCCCAUGCUGCCAUCACCAGCACUGACAAAGCUUCCUCAAACACAUUUCUGGAGAUGUUCAAUGCCAGAUCAUGAGGCUCUUUUUAGUUGUUUAGAAACUGCAGGGUUAUAUAUUGGUGUUGCUACAGUCCACAUUUUUAUGGGCUGGACAAUUAUUUGGAACCUGAGAAAAAUGCACAAAUGCAUCUCUUUCAUGUAAGACUGGUAGCAGAAAGCAGUACAGGGUAACUAGAAGUGUGUGGCAGUUCUGUUUAGCAGUGGCUAGCUCCAGACUGUAAGGCAGCAAGUUGUUUGCUGACUGUGGAAGGCAGGUUGCUUAUUUUGACAAGAGAUCUACUCUAGCAGGACGCAAGUGAGCUGGAUAACAAAUGAUUAUCCUUCUCUUUGUAGCAC